AUGAAAUCUGUUCCAUACGUAUGUUAUGGCAAUUGUUUGUACAUUGAGUCAAAAAUAGCUAAUGUCACAGGUAUUUCAGGAGUUAAUAGUAAAGGUUCAGUAGAAUAUAAGUCUUUCUGUUAUGAAGUAAAUUCAAUGUUCAUUCCAAACGUUCCUGUCAUAGCAACUCAUUUAGGUAAAUGGGUUCGCAUAAGUCCUCAUAAUUUGAAAGACAUGCAAUUCAGACUUGUUGACUUUCAAGGAGAGCCUGUAGAACUGAAGGCACCAGUGCGAAUGACUGUUGAAGUUGACUUUUUAGAAAAUAUUAAAUGCAACAGCUUACAAGAGAACUCAGAGCUAAAAAUAUAA